AUGGCCGCUCCCAACCGCAGACCCAUCUACGACACUUCUGGCACCGGUGGUAAUGCUGAUGCACAUUAUGGACGCUGGAGAGGAAGCGACGGCCAAACUGUCACUGGCGGUAACGGCACCGGUGGUAACAUUCAGAUGCCGGCAUGCUGUGCGGAUGCCAACAUCAAGAUGACAGAUGACCGCAGGGCUAUCUCAUUUCCACUAUUUGAGCCGAACUUCUUGCUUUGUCGCGGCACAAGAGUACACAGGAUCAUGGGUUUGAUUCUAUAA